AACCUGUCAACUCCCUUUUUCUCUCUCCGCGAUUUGUGAAAGAAGUGGACUCGCACCGCGGUCCCGUGUCGCGGAGGUGACCGGUGGAAGGCCUUUGCAGCUGGGCGAGGAUGUGGAAUCGAACAGCGACGUCGGCUUCGGGUCUGGAACUUGAAAGCGAAGGGGUGUAAACAUCAACUUAUAUGGUACUGCCGAUUUAUCGCAGUAGCGCUUCAACUACUUGGCGCUGGCCCACCUGUGCAGUUUCCUUCGACAGCCACUCGUUGGCUCUGCUCUUUUCCUCAAGUGUCCUCACUUGCCGGUCAUUGAUGAGCAGUCUGCAGCCCCGUUCGAUCCCAUUCAUCUCACCACUGUCCUGUGUCGCUGGUACUUCAGAAAGUGUUUCGUGUUCAACAGAAUCUUGGAAGAAGAGACAAUUGUUAAGUGAUCAGUUAUUAUCGCGGUUUUCCCAAGAUCUUCAAGGUUGGCCUCGAAGAUGGACACAGACUGAACCCUCUCACGAAUUUUGUAGAAAUCAAUUUAUCUUGUAAUUAGCUCAAUUUAAAUUGUCUUAAAUUUAUUGGCUGCAGUUUUUCUUCUCUUAUUAUAUUUUUCUUGAGUUCGUAAGAGGUUUAAUUGUAGUUGAUCAAACAGUGGAGUCAACAUGCUGCCAUUUUAAAUUUCAUAACAUCCUGUGAUAAACCUUUGAUAUCUGUAAAUAUUAGGAUAUUGUCAACCAUUAGGACAAGUGGUAUUUUUUGUUGUUGUUGGAAACCUCAGCUGUGAUAAAAGAUACAAGUAAUAUCUGAAUUUUUAAGUGCUACAUUAGGAAGUGUAUUACAAGGAAAUAUCAUAUUAUGAACAACAAAUCUUAAGCUGCUCUUCAAGAAUGGAACCAACUGAAGUAAGCGAGCAGACAGGUACCGCACCUAUUGUACGAUGGAACAAUGGCUCACCCACUGUCAGCCCUAUUAUGCCCACAAAGUCGGCAAAUCCAUCAGCCCCUGGAUCACCAAACAAAUCCAUUAGUAGUAGUGGAAUUGGUAGAGAGUCUCCAACUCAAACAAGUCCAAGUAAUUCGCUCACAUAUUCACCUGCUCUUUCAAGUGUUGGGGAUGAGCCCCCUAAUAUACCAGCCACUCCGCCACCUGCAUACAAUGCAGUGUACGAUGGAGAUGAUUUGCAUCGCUCUGCAGCGAGCUUGCCAGAAAAGCUAGAAGCAGAGUCUCCCACUUCUCCAAGGGGAGAUGGAGAUUCUCCUAACAAAAACUCGUCAGACAAGGAAGAAGAAAAUAAUGUACGUUUUCUCGGGGAAGAUGGAAACGUCUUGCCUCUUGAUGAUAAUGACUCUAUUAUGAGCAGCAAAAGCCAUCAAUCUGAUGAUGAAGAGGAUAGUGAAGAUGAGAAGAAGCCCAAGAUCCCUGAUGGGGGUUGGGGUUGGGUUGUUGUUCUGUCUUCUUUGUUCAUAAGUAUGGUUGCUGAUGGCAUAUCAUUUUCAUUUGGACUUCUCUACGUAGAGUUCUUAAACCAUUUUCAAGAGAGCAAAAGUGUAACGUCUUGGAUAGGUAGUCUUUUUAUGGCUGUACCUCUUUUAUCGGGGCCUGUUGGUAGUGCACUUGUUGAUCGCUAUGGCUGCAGAGUCAUGACAAUGAUUGGGGGCCUCAUUUCUGGAAUCGGCUUUGUGCUUGCUGCGUUUUCCAAUACAAUUGUUGAAAUGUAUUUCACUUUUGGUGUCAUAGCCGGCCUAGGAUUAGGUUUAUGUUAUGUGACGGCUGUUGUGAGUAUUGCAUUUUGGUUUGACAAGAAACGCACCCUUGCAACUGGUUUGGGUGCUUGUGGCACAGGCAUCGGUACGUUUGUGUACUCCCCAAUGACAACUUUCUUUAUUGAAACUUACGGGUGGCGUGGGACAACUCUCCUCCUUGCUGGCACAUUCUUUAAUAUGUGUGUUUGCGGAGCUUUGAUGAGAGACCCAGAAUGGUACACCCUUGAGCAAAACAAAUCCAACUUGCAACGAGGCAGCAAAUCUCUUCGAGGUGCCUCAUCAUGUGGCUCAAUCUCAGGACGCAGUCAGUUUGAGCAAGACUUUCCAGGUGUAGAGGAGUUGAGGCGAAUGCUGAAGACUGGACAAACGCCUGAGUAUCUUCUUGCUGGACUCAACACAAGCACUGGUGGAGUACCCUCACAUGGGGAGAUCCCUGAAAAAACUUCAAAUGGGGAUAUGGCUCCAUCUUUCCACUCUGUUGUAAAUUUGCCAACAUUUGUUCGUCAAAGUGAAAAGGUGCCUUUGGAAGUUCUAGAGUCAUUGAGCUCCAAUAAGCGCUUAUUUAAUGUGGUUCUUGAGAACUAUCCUAGUCUUCUCUUGUGCCGCUCAUCAAGUCUCAACAAUCUGAAUAAAUCUCCGGUGGAAAGUGUAAGUGGCCCUACCCGAGUCCCUGUUACAAUGUCCAUGCGUCUCAAGCAAGCCAAGAAAGCUGUCGCUGCAGCCAUCACCUCACCUGGGGCUACAUCACCACCUACAUCGGGUGUCAUGAGCCCUACUUCAGAUCCAGCAGGACCAGUCCCAGGUGUUCCGCUACUUUCUCAAAGUGAUGUCAAGCCACAAUUGGUUAGGUCUCCAUCAAAACUACCAAAGAGCAUUUUAACAAAGCCUCCCCCAGGUGACACACCAUGGCUCAAGAGGCAAUUUUCCGUGAAUACUCCUCCUCAGAACUACCUAAAAAAUAUCAGAGUUCACAGAAAUUCAGUCAUGUACCGUGGUGCUAUGCUGAACAUUCAUAAAUAUCGUCUUCGAGCAUCAUCUUGCCCAGACAUAUACCGUAACUCAAUGACCACUAUUGCCCGUGAAAAUGAUGAGAAAUGGUAUGACCAUAUUCUGGAGCCUUUCCGAGGAAUAGUAGAUUUUUCCAUGUUUCUGGAGUUACAUUUCUUGAUGAUGUCCUUGAGCACAAUCCUUCUAUUCACAUGGUUCAUUGUACCAUAUUUCUACUUGGCGGACUUUGUUGGCGACCUUGGUUAUGAACCCUCUGAUGCCUCAACACUACUCAGUGUGAUUGGCAUAACUAAUACCAUUGGCAUGAUUGUGCUUGGGUGGGCUGGCGACCAGCCUUGGAUGAAUGUCACAAAGACUUACGCCGUUUGUCUUGCAAUGUGUGGUCUAGCAACUGCAGCUAUGCCUCUGUGCAUCAAAUCAUGGCCAUUGCUCGUCACAGCAUCUGCUCUGUUUGGGGUGUUUUUUGCCUCAACAUUUUCUUUUACACCUGUUAUUCUUGUUCAACUUAUACCUUUGGAAAGGUUUACACUAGCAUAUGGUCUGAUUCUUAUGUGUCAAGGAAUUGGCAACCUAAUUGGACCACCCAUUGCAGGAUGGCUAUUUGAUGUCACUGGUUCGUGGUAUACAUCCUUCUACAUGGCUGCCGGCUGGAUUGUUGUCUCUGGAGUGUUAUGCUAUAUCAUACCAAUCACCAAAAACAGAAGGAUUAUUGGACAUGCCACAUUAGAGAAGGAUCGAGAAAGCAUUGCUUAACUAAAUUGUACAGUGCAUUCAAAUGACAGACUAUCCAUAAUUGUACUUAAUGCAUCAGCAUUAUGCAAUCUUAAUAUUUAGUUCAAGCAUUCUGCUGUAUGUUUCAUUCUAUAUAUGAUGAAAGUUACUUAAGUAUUGUUUAAGUAUUAAAUUUAGGCAUGUAAUGGUUUGAGUAACAUUUUGUCAGUGAGUGGAGGAGAGAAAGAAAUUUCAAAGUUGAUUUUACCUCUUAGAAGAACUUGCACUGUAUUAGAUAUUAUUCAAAUAUUCUCUCACAUCCUUUUCUCUAAAGUAAAUAACUACUUUUUACUUGUUUCAAAUUUAACUUGUAAUUGUGAACCUUAAUGGUACAGUAUCUUCAAGAUAAAUUAUUUGUAACAUUGUCUUUAGAUAGUAAUUAAAAACUGCCAAGAGUUAUUCUUCCAUUUCAUGAUCUAAAUAAUCUCAUGACAUUGAAUCCAUGACCUUUAUGUUAAUAUUUAGAGGUUGUAAGGUUUUUCUCAUAGAGACGUACCCUUUUUUGUGAUCCUAAUCUCGCAAUCAAUGUCUACAGAUUAAGUACCUCAACUACGUAUAUUGUGGAAUGAUAAAAUAUUCAUUUUAUAAGGAAUUAUCAUGCAAAAAAAAAAAAUUGGCCCUGGAUUUCCUUAACAUGUUUUAAGUAUUUGGUCUUGAGCUUCUCUAUGUAAUAAAAUGCAUCUCAAUUAAGUAAAUUUAUUCAAAAUGACGUUCAGAAGAACUUUCCUAAAUAAUGUUUUGUUUUAUUCUUUCAUAUAUGUGAUGUGUAGUGUUGGCCCUUCUGUAUUUAAUGAUCUGAUGACAUUCUACCUUCAUUCAGAGUUUUCAGUCUCAGAUUCUUUGAUGUUUUGAAUCUUUCAUCUAUGGAUGGUGCUUGUGUUGUUCUUUUUUGUACGAUAGGCAAUCAUUUUGUCUCUUAAUGUGAUACAAUAUUUGCAUAUUAGUUUCCUUUUAUUUUCUUGUUAAGUGUUCUGUAUUAUACUAACUCGCUAGGUCUUAUUAUUAUCACACCUGACCUAUUAUAUUUGAGUUGAUUAAUUUUAGUCAAGUCUUACUGUUGGUAGAGAGACCAGUACCGUAGUGAAAGUAAAAUUAAAAGCUAAAUGCAUUACAUGGAUCGAAAGAAGUUUGAUGCUUUUUUAGGUGAGAGAGAAUGCACACUGACAAUUCUCAAUUUUGGAAGAAAUUCCUUCUUCCAGUUGUUUAUAUUCAGCAAUUUCCCCCUAAAAAUUUAACAAAGGAACAAUAAACAAACAAACAAAGCUCUCUCCUUUUAAAAAAAUCAAUGUUAAAGAGACUUAUUAAUUAUGUAUGCCUAAUGUCAUUGCUGUUUAAUCUGUGUUCUGAAUUUGCAAAUUUAAUGCAUAAGUAUCUCAAGUAGAUCUCCUCAGUGUACAAAAUUUUUUGAAACCUAUGAAGAGGCUUUUAAAUGUAUCUGAGAAUUUUUACUUGGGAUCUUCAUAAACAAUUUAAAACAUCCUUAGUAACCACUUGUUCAGCAAUGUGAAGUGAAAUGGGUGAAUAAACCUGCUAUGGGUGCUAUAACUAUUUGUUAAUAAAUUAAAUUAAUAGGAAUGUUGAACGUCAUCAAUGUAUACCAAUGUUCUCAUCAGGGUCAUGUGACAUCGCUGAAGAUGUUUCCUUCAGGGUUUUUUGUUUUCUUUUGUCAAUGUAGGAAAGUUGCACUACAUUGAUCUCUGCUGGUCGGUAGAUUCAGCUGUCUGCUUUAUUAGCACUUAUUCUGCAUAGUGUUUAAACUUGUUGAUAUAGAAUGGCAUUUUUAGGAGUUGAAUCAGAUUACUUCAACCACCAAAAUGAUUGAGAAAUGCAUGUGUUUGGUGUAGUUGAGUGUGCAGAUCACGAGUCAAGUUGUUACACUAUGAGCUUUAUUGGAGUUGCUGUACUGUCUAGAUCUCAUACUUUGUUUGUUUCUUUCUACUUAUAGAAUAUAUGUUGUGUUGAUGCAUAGGCGAAUGAAAGAUUUAAUUUAUGUUGUCAUGAAGUGUUUACGAGAUAUUAUGAGUGGCUUCAGAACAUUUUCUUUUGAAUGACAGAACGAACGAAAAACAGGAUAUCUGAACUAGCAUUGUGGAAGGCAUUGCGAUGAGUGAAUCUUCUAUGAAACUAUGUUGGUUGUGAUUCAUUUGUUAGAUUUUUAACUUUUACGUUCGAUAAACUUCGUAGAGCACAUGAAUCAGUAAAUCAGGCAUGUCUAUUUUGAUACACUCUUUUAUGCUGGUGGGAACAUUUAAUAGUGGGUUUACUCUUAAAUGCUUGUUAGCUCCUGAUGCAACCUUCUUAACUUCUUGGUGAUUAUGACUGCUGUUUUCUGAAAGAUGUAGCUGCUAUGAUUAUUCCUUGAAGUCUCAUACGUCAUUUAAGUAUACUGUAUGAUUAGAAUAGCAAUAUUAUAAAAGUCUAAAUGUAUUACUCAUUCAUGCUUUUGGAUGCAAAUGCUCAAUGUUCUGCUUCUUCUGCACUUUUUGUGAUUUUUGUUUUGUGUGUCCAUUUUAGACCAUUUUUAUUUCUGCAUAAAAACUAGUGACUGAAUGUUUUCUAAAAUUUGCUACAGGACACAUCUGCAAUCAAAUGUACCAAUCCAAGCGCACAUGUAAAGAUCCUGGUUUUGAUUGAUUUGCUUGACACAACAUGAUAUCAUGUUUUUGUGAUCAAAUUCUGUGAGAAACUGUAGAGCUCUGCUUUUUGCAGCGAGAUGUGCUGUGGGUAAUUCCAGCUCAACCAAAGCAAUACUGUCUCCGCCCCGUUGCUGCUUGAUGUAAUCACAUUUGUAUUGUUUUUUUUGUUUUUUUUUUAAUGUUCUCCGAAAAAUUGUGAAGAGCACAUGCAAAAAUCCUCCGCAAACAAAGCUAAAAAUUCAUACAUAUUAAUAUUAUACUAUCAUUUGUUCUUUACCCAUAAGUAAAUUCUUCAUAGUGUGUAAAAUUUUCAAAUAUAAUCCUUUAAAAAUGUUCUGGAGGUUGUACAGGAAUAAUGGAAUUUGAAUGUGAGCUGAGAGGAAGUGUAAGAGUGAUGUAAGGCUGAUGGAGUUGAGAAGAAUGUUAUAACAUCGGAGACUGUUGUUGUUGACCCUCUGUUUUCUUCCACAUCCAAAAUAAACGAUUAGAUUUAAAUCAAACUUAAUAGGACUGAAAUGAAAAGAAUGCCUUGAAGAUGUCACUAAAAGUUUUGCCAUUAGUGGCUCUUGUGACAUAAUAGAUAUGUUCAUAUAUAUAUUCUUUAAAAUCUCUUUAACUUAAUAUCAUUUUAAUCUCAUGUACUGGCAUCAAAUAUACUUUAGAGUGUAAGUUUGUUACAAUGUGUAGUUUGUGACAAUGUAGUAAAAUUCUUUUCAAGGGCAAAUGUAUGUAUCCUAGAAACAUUUAGAAUACUAUAUUUGCUUGAUUUACUAGCAUUCUGUUUUAGAUACUAUGUUUUAUUUUUCACACUUUUUUUCUAAACUACCAGGUUGGUUGUUAUAGGGCCAGGUAUGAAACAAUCUGAAAGCAAAUAAUUUGUUUUUACUGUUCGUUUUCAAUGGGGCAACCUUUUCUGAAAAGAUAUAAAUAAAUUUGUCCUCAGAAAUAAACAACACAAAGUUGCA